GCGGAGGUGCAGGCGGCCGGGCCCGGGCGGGCUCGGUGGUGAGCGCCGAGCUGGAGGUGAAGAAGCUGCAGGAGCUGGUGCGGAAGCUGGAGAAGCAGAACGAGCAGCUGCGGAGCCGAGCGGCGGCCGCCGCCCUCCAGCCUCGGCCCCGGCCAGCCCGCACCUGCUGCUGCUCCCGCCGCCAGCCCCCGCCAUAGGCUCCCCCGCUGCGGCCGGGCUGGCCCCGAGCGGCAGCCCUGGGGCCCUGCGCAUGCCGAGCCCGGCGCCCACUCUCCUGUGCACCGCUAGCCUGGGCCCGCCGGAGCCCUUCGUCUAUUUCAAGCCCGCCCUGGCUGGCCUGGCCGCGGCAGCAGGAGGCGGGCAGGAGGCCGGGAGCAUCCCCGCGGCGCGGGCAGCCACGGUGCUGGACGAGGUGGAGGUGCUGGACCUGGAGGACGGUGACUGCAGCCAGGACGAGGACACAUGGUUGUAUGUCUCGCCUACUAAGACCCUCACACCGCAAGAGAAAUCAUUGAGUCCUCUGCAAUGGUGUAGACAUAUUCUGGAUCAUCCAACUCCCGAGAUAGAAGCUGCAAAACGUUCCCUAUGCUUUAGACUGGAACAAGCUAGCCGAUGGCGGAGCCUCUUCUCUACACCUGUUUCCUUGGCCUUUCCCUAUAGUCCUGUUGCAAGACUCACCCCAUAUAGCAAUGGCUUUAAUACUCCCAGCUUCUCUAAAACCUCCAAUAAAGCAAUACUAACACCUGAAAGACCAGGUUACAUUUCUAGAAGUUCUCCUCUCAGCCCCCAGUCAUCAAUAGACAGUGAACUGAGCACCUCCGAACUGGAGGAUGAUUCCAUCUCCAUGGGAUAUAAACUACAGGACCUCACUGAUGUUCAGAUCAUGGCUCGACUGCAGGAAGAAAGUCUUAGACAAGAUUAUGCUUCUACUUCAGCAUCUGUAUCAAGACACAGCUCAAGUAUCUCUCUACAUUCAGGAAAGAAAGGAACGGGCAGCGAUCAGGAAUAUGAUCGCUAUAGCCUUGAGGAUGAAGAAGAGUUUGAUCACCUGCCACCUCCACAGCCCCGACUUACUCGCUGUUCACCAUUCCAAAGAGGAAUUCCACACUCUCAAACUUUUUCCAGUAUUCGGGAGUGCAGGAGAAGCCCCACUUCACAGUAUUUCCCUCCAAAUAAUUAUCAGCAGCAGCAGUAUUAUUCUCCUCAAGCCCAAACGCCAGAGCAGCAGCCAAAUAGGAUUAAUGGAGAUAAACUCAGAAGAAGCAUGCCUAACCUCGCUCGGAUGCCAAGUACUCCUACCAUUAAUAACAAUGCUAGCUCGCCAGUCUGUGUGAGGAACAGUCAAAGCUUUGAUUCCAGUUUACAUGGUGCCGGUAAUGGGAUUUCAAGAAUACAAUCUUGUAUUCCAUCUCCAGGACAACUUCAGCACAGAGUUCAUAGUGUGGGACAUUUUCCUGUGUCUGUCAGACAGCCUCUCAAAGCUACAGCGUAUGUAAGCCCAACUGUACAAGGCAGCAGUAGUAUUCCCUUAUCCAGCACCUUACAAUUAUAUUCUAACAGUGGAAUCCCCAUGCCAAACAAGACUGCAAAUCCUGGGACUGUAGGACGUAGUGCUCUUCCAAGACCAUCAUUGGCCCUAAGUGGGAGUAGUAUACCCAGGAGUAAAAUUGCACAGCCAGUACGAAGUUUUCUUCAGCCUCCAAAGCCUCUUUCUUCUCUUAGUACUCUACGAGAUGGAAAUUGGAGAGACGGCUGCUAUUGAUGUCGGAUGCCCCUGAACAACGGAAAAGAAAUAAUGUGGUUUCUACUACCCAGCUGGCUGGGUAACUGUGUUACAGGAAGGGAAGGUCCCACAACACUAUUUUCAUUGAGUUUUAAUAUGUAAGAAUAUCCGUUAUACCCUGUCAUUUUUUAAAAAAUGAACAUUAUUAAAGACUAAAUAUUGCACUUAGUCAUUUGCCUGGAAAACUGCAGUGUUAUCAAACUAACAGUUGCGGUACUGUCAUUUAGAACUUAAGAAUUUUUUCUAUAUGUGCAAGAUAUCAGACUUACUUCCUUUGAGAGAGCUAAGAAAUGCCACUAUUUCAAACAGCUUUGCCAUAUAGUGGGAUAAUUUAUUCAGUGUACUCUGUAAAGAUAUUAUGCAUUUUGUUGCAACUUUGGGGUCUAUGUUAUACGCUUGGAAUUUUUUUGUGUGUUUCCAAGAAUUUUAUUUUUUGACUUAAUUCCGUUCACAUUUGCUUGAACCACAGAGAGAGGAUUUAAUUUUUGUGUGUGCCAUACAUAAUAUUUUUGUGGUAAUGUACUAUUUUUUAGCACUAGGAACAUAUCCUUCAAAAACAAACCAUGGGCAAUAUGAAAGCAGUAAUUUUUAUGUUCCAAAGCACAAAAGAGUAACGUUCACUGGAAACUCCAUACAGCUGGGUCAACAUAAUUUUUUCUUUCAUCCAUUUGUUCACAUGUUAAUUUAUUAUCCUGUGUUUUGUAUUUAUAAUGGCAGCAUAAACCACAUUUCACUUAAAAGGUGCAAUGGUCACUAAACUACAAUUAGUUUUUCAAUACUUUAUUACAAAAAAUAAAAUUGUAAUGUUUUAAUAAUGGUUACUUAUGGGAAAUGAAUGAGUUUUAAUGCAAAUAAAUCUUUUUGAUAGACCUUUUACAAAAUCCAAUUGCACUAAUCAAUGCUUUCUUAUAAUGGCAUAUGAUUGAAUAUUUGAUUACAACUGUGUAUACUGCUGUUUUGGAAUGUUUCAGAAAUAAAUAAUCUAUUUCAGCAAUAUCAUGCUGUGCUUUAGUGUGCAAUAUAAACAUUGUGUUUGUAUCUGUGUUUUCCCCCAUCCAUGGCAUAACUUUUUAUUACAACACUUAGCUACUGAAGAUUUUAUUAUUCAGCCUUUAGAACUCAUUGAAUUUUUUGCAAGAAUAUGCAAAUCUCCAAGGACAAUAAAAAUUGAAUCUCUUUUAGCCAAAUGUUGCUUAGAAGACAUACAAAUUUCUUAUUGCCUUAAAAUUGCUUUUGGAAAAUCUCUUGAACCAAAGCAAAGUCUGCAAGUACACUAUUUUAGUUGUCCUAAUAAGAGUCAGAGCCCUAUGUACUGUGAUUCUGCUACUAUGGAAUUUCUCAUAUAAAUGUGCAUCAGAAUAUCUGGCUUCCUUAAUUUGCUUUUAAAAGGUAGAAAUUUAUACUUAUGAGUAAAAUAUACCAAAUGUGAAGUGAAUGUAUAAAACUGAUGGCAUCAUGUCUUCAUACAGCCAAAUACAGUAGCUCAGAGGUGCAAAAUAAAUUUUAACUAUUACAAAUCCCAAAUGGAUGAGCGUAGAAUUUUUACUCAAUUUUUACUCACUCAUUGAGUUUCACUCAAUUUUUUUUAAAGUCGUCCUACAGAAGAUAAGAUUGAGAAUGGAAAAUUUGGGCUUCAGAAGUACUGUACAUGUUUUG